GACACACGUGAUGCGGAGAGGUCGGAACUACGGUUUCUCCCGAUAUUAAGCGCCCGUACGUAAUGCUGAGCCGGGCGCGAAUGUAGUUGGAACGAGGCCGCCAGCGAGUCCUCCAGGCGCCCACGCUCCCAACUUCUCGCCUCUACAUCUACCUAGGCAUCCUCCAACGGGGCCACGCAACCCUGCGGCACCAUGUCCGCCCCAUACGCUUUCGUCUCCCUGGUCACCUCAGACUACUACCUGCCAGGUGCCUUAUGCCUGGCCGCGGCACUUAAGGAUCUCCAUCCGUCACCUCCAGUUCCCCCAGAGGUCGAAUACCAGACCAUCUGUCUCGUCACCCCCGAGACUGUUGACGUGUCUACCAUCAAGCUUUUGCGAAGAGCGUUCAAUGUGGUCAUCGGUGUAGAGCUCAUAGAGCAGGAAGAUGAGAAAGGGCUGAAGCUGCUAGGCCGUCCGGAUCUUACCCAUGUCCUUACAAAACUGCACGUAUUCCGCCUCACACAAUAUCAGAAGUUAAUAUUUCUCGACGCGGACGUCCUCCCGGUUCGUCCUCUGUCUCAUCUCUUCAAAACUGCCCACGAGUUCGCUGCGGUUCCCGACGUCGGAUGGCCCGAUAUUUUCAAUUCCGGUGUUCUGGUCCUCAAUCCGGGGGAAGAUAAAUUCAACGAGCUUACACAGCUUCUCAAAACCAGAGGGAGUUGGGAUGGCGGGGAUCAAGGCUUGCUGAACGAGUGGAGAGGAGGUGACUGGCAUCGCCUCAGCUUCAUCUACAACACCACUCCUACCGCCGCGUACACAUAUGCGCCUGCGUACGAAAGAUUCGGCUCUCAAAUCUCAGCGAUCCACUUCAUUGGACCCAACAAGCCAUGGGCAUCUAUACCCUUUCGGGCGCCAGGCACGAAAGGCGCCCAGAAGCCCACUCCGGGCGCUUCGAAAGCUUACGACUACGGGUCACUUGUGGAUCGCUGGUAUGCUGUGUAUGACAGGCAUUACCGUUCCACUUCGCCUUCCACACGCACCGAGUUUGAGGUCAGACAUUACGCGUCUGCAUGGGAUAGCGCAAACAAGCCGGCCGCCGAAUUGCCAGCAAGCGGGACCAUCGCACCACCGGGAGGCGCUCUCGGGCUUGAAGAUCUACGGAAACUCACGAUGGAAGGGAUGAGCAAUCUCGGGAGCUCGAUUUCGGGGGUAGAGCAAGGUUUCCAGGAGGGCGAAUACCGAUCGAUGCCUCUGGAGGGGCGAGUGGAUCUGAUGCGGCCGAAGCCAGAGCCGAAGCCAGAGCCAGAGCAGAAAGAGGGCGGUGAUCGCGAGCGGACACCGACGCAGGAGGAGUACAAGCCGUUGCAUAUACAGCAGGAGGCGGCGCCGGAACAACAGCAACACCAUCACGAGCCUCAGCAUCAUCAUUGGCCUCAUCACCCUCCUCAUCAGCACCGGCACGAGAGCCAUCCUGCAGUCCACCAUCCCCCUCCUCAUCAUCCGUCUCCUCCUCAUCAUGUGCAUCAUCCUGCUCCGCGUCCGCCUUCCCCUCCCAAGCUUGCUUGGAACCCAGCCAUCGAGCCGCCUCCGAACAACCCGCCCGCCGUCAAUGCAUUCCCUGCAGACACCUACUUCCCGAAUGUCUGGGACCAGCCUCCCUCGCAACAGCAUGACGCGACUCAUCAGUCCUUCCCACCGCCAGCCACUCAUGCGCCUGCACCCCACUCUGAGGCAUUCUUCAACCCUCCGCCUCCACUGCACAUUCCUGAACAGCUCGUUACACAAGGGGAGUAUGCCGGCGUGGUUGGACAGGCUCCUGGGGCUGGCAUGGGAUCACCUCCCGCUCAGCCUGUCCCAGACAGAGCAAAGGUGCACGCUGUAUUCCCUUGGGAAGAAAAGCCGCGCCAUGUGCCCAGGCGCGUUUUCCCUUCUUCGGAUUCGCCUCCCCCAGUUGCAAAAUACAUUGAGUCAGAGUCUCCGCCGGCGCCACCGCCACCGCGAAGAGAUGAACAGCCGUCACCCGCUACAGGCCGAUUGCACAUGCCCUCGCCCACAUAUGGGCUGCCUUCGACUUUCUCAUUUGCGAAUGCGUGGGACGCCGUGCCAAGCAUCCAAAAGUAUGCGUCAAAGCUGGUAAGGCCUCACCAGCUUCAUCAGCCGCAGCACCCUGCCAGCCAGGGAUCCCCUCAGAGCAGGCGGUCACAAGCAAGCGAAGACGACGGUUGGAAGCGCUGGGAGCGUGAGCGCGAACGCGUGGUACAGGCAAGGCAAGACGCCAGCAGCAUGGAUGGUGACGACGAAGAUGAGGGUGAUGAUGAGGAUUCGGAGGAGGAGGAGCGACGUCAGGAGGGUAAAGGAGGCAGCAGCGGCUCACCUCGACGAUCUAGGUCUGGAAGCACUACAUCUGUUACUGCGGCGACGAUUGCCGGAAAGGGGAGAAAGUACCGUGGGCGCGCGGUGCAAACGAUUCCAGUGGAGACUCGCAACUUCGGCGUGCAGGUGAAGAUUGAUGGUCAGCAGGAGCCGGUCUCGGUGAAGGGUGGCAAGCCGUCUAAAUCCAGUAACGGCGUACGCCGAGACGGUACAUUAAAACCUGCACCUUUACUUCCUCCGCCUUCACAGGCGCGCGAUUAUAGGAUGGAUCCUGAUCAAAUGGGCGUUGCCACUCCUGUAGUGAGCCAGGCCAUAAAGCAAGCGAUGCCAUUCCCAUCGGUCGACACGCCUACUGGGCUUCGUUCCCCCAUGACCCUUGGAUCGCCUCGCACAUACUCCCCACCGAGGAUCUUGUCUCCGCCCAGAUUUAUCUCCCCGCCGAGGGUCGCAUCUCCACCCAAGGUGAUGUCGCCCCCGAGAUUAAUGAGUCCCAAGGUGUCGACCCCUCCCAAAGGUCCGUCGCCUCCGAAGGGUUCUCCUCCGCGCAAGUCGUCCGCUGCGCAGCAGCCGCAGACGUUGACGCCGCGAAGGACGCCCGCCGGCACGCCCCCGGGCAAGGCAGCGUCUCCAGUUAUCGCGCCCUCGACGCCGCCCCAGGGCACGCCCAAGCCCCCAAAACUGACGUCUCCGUUCUCGCCACCGCUGGCGAUGGCGCGGUCCUUCUCGGACGAGACGGCACUCACAUCGUCGCCUUCCACGCAGGGCGCCUUGAUCACUCCAGAGAGCUCGCCGGUCAUGGGCAGCAUGCGCAAGGGUGGUCGCGUAUGGGACCCUGCGAGGGGCGUAGAUGUAUUCAAGCGCAGCUCUGAGGAGGUGCUUGCGCGGUUCUUGCGGAUGGGCUCGUUCGAGGAUGACGAGCAACGCCAGGGCCAGGUACA